AGACCAAUCACAAAAUAUAAAUGGCGACGUCUAUAGAGUCGGUCAAGUUGUGAGGAAUUACGGUUAUUUUAUUAUUUUCCUGUAAUUAAGACUUAACUAGAUAAAAUUCAUAGCUUAAAACAAAACCCAAGAUCACCAAAUUAAAGAUCGGCUUGUAUUUUAUUGGAUCCACUGUGAAAUCCUAAUGGAUGAUGAUGCUAGUGCAGUAACACCAACCAGGGAUGAAAACUCUGAUGUUGACCAUACCAGUGAUGAAGUAGCAAAUGGUAAUGUUAACAACGAUCAUAAUGAAGAAAUUUCUGGGAAAGUUAACCUGGAAGACAAUGAAAUCAGUAGUCCUUCACAAGGCAGAGAAGUAGAAGAGGAACUUGGGGGAGAAGAUAAACAAAAUGAGGAAGAUUCAACCAGUCCUAAAACUCCUCAAAGUGUCAAUGAUGACAAUAUACCUAGUCCAGGUAUAGAAAAAACAAGUGAAAGUAACUGUGAUGAAUCUGAAAGUAAGGAAGAUAAUGACAAUGUGGAAAAGGAGAUUGAAGAUGAUGGAACUUGUGAACCUGAAAAGGAAUCUGAUGCUGAUGGUGAUUUGUCAGACUUAAGAUACGAGGAGAAUCAAGCUGAAGAAAAAUCUUUAGACACUGAAAAAUCCUUAGAUAAUGAAAAUGAGAUAGAGAAUAAAAGUGAUAAUGUGAGUGAAAAUUUAGAAGAUAGUGAAACAGUGAAUAGCGCAUCUCAGGAAGAUGUAGAAAACACGCAGUCUAGUAGAACUUCAUUUGAAAAUGCAAGUAGAACUUCACUUGAAAAUGCAGCAGAAACAUCAAAUCAAGAAGUUUUACCAACUAGACCAUUCGCUGAUAUUGGAUCAGUUGGAAGUGACAAUGAUGAAGGAAGCGUUUCUGAGGAUCAAUUCUUAGACAGGUCAAGUCAGGAGGGGCGAAGUGAUGGGGAAGCAUUUCCGCCCUGUUUAACAUUAAAUCAGGGCAAUCUUAGUAGUAGAAACAUAGAGGGAAGUGAUAUCGACAGUGAAGAAGACAAUGAAUGGGAUGGGGAUCAAAGCAGACAAGUUGUCGAGGAAGGGGAAACAGGUGAUGACAAUACACAAGACUCAGUAAGAGAAAAUGAGGAAUCAAUGGAUGUAGAUGAAAAUUCUGGUUUAAAUGUCAUGAGAGGAACCGAUGAUGUUUCGAGUGAGGAUGAAAAUGAAUCACAGUCAAAUGAAGUGUCUCAGUCUGAGUUUAGUCAGGGAAAUGAGGAAGACAAGGGGGAAGAAGAUGAAGGAGAAAUUGUGGAUAAGAAGGAAGAGGUGGACAAUCCUUUGUCACCGGCGGAGGAUAUCAGUGAAAGUGAGGCAGGCGAACUGUCUGAUAAGGAAGAGGAGGAAGAGGAGAAAGAUGUGGCAAAAGAAAAACUUCCGGAGGAAGAGGAUGACUGGAAUUUAGACUUAACCAAAAAAGGGGAUAAUGUUCAAAGUGAUAGACCUCUUGCAGAGGCUGAAGAUAUAAAUAGUCCGGAAAGUGACCUUCAGGAAAGGGAGAAAACUCCCAUCAGGGACUUAGAAUCAGCAGCCUCGCCAAUAUCUGAGGACGGUAACUUGUCAGAUAUUGACCUGGAGAAGCGGCGACGUGAAAUGUACAAUGACAUAUCAGAUGAGGAGGAUUCUUUUAGUGAUGAUGGAAAAGUCGACGACUAUAAAGUAGACAGUGUUGUUAAAGAGUCAAUCAAGUCAAGUGACACAGCCUCCAAGAGGUCAGAGGUGAAGAGAGACAGGAAGGUGGAAAAGUUUCACAGUCAGACCAGCAUGGGGGAGGAGCAGGUAGAGCUGGAUUAUGAUGAGGAAGUCGGGGAGGACGAGGGGCGGGGCCACGAGGACAAAGAGAAAAUAGAUGACAGCAGAGCGGGGGAAAAUGAGGUCGAGAAGAAAGAGGCUGAGGAGGGUGAAGCACAUUCUGAUGAUGGUGAACUAGAUGAUGAUGAGGAUUGUGAGGAGGGAGAAAUCAGAGAGCCGGGAUCCAGAAAGCCUUUUAUUCCCCCCAUCUGUCGAUUCUUUACCAGAGGGGCCUGUACUUGGGGAAACAACUGUAGAUUCCUUCAUCCAGGUGUCAAUGAUAAAGGCAACUACAGGAUGAUUGAGCGUCCAGGGUUUGGACCUGCAAGUUAUGGGCAGGGCAGUGGUCCUUGGCAAGGCCCAGGAGAGAAGCCUGCAGCAGAAGAGGUUGAAGAGGAAGAGUUACCUCCCCCUCCCAUGCCUCCAAAAGUAGAAACAGCCUGGGAGAGAGGCCUAAGGCACGCUAAGGAGCAAUUAAAGAAAGCUAACAUGCGAAAAGAGCAGGAAACAGAUUUUGAGCACAAGCGACUUAAUUUAUCUGUAGAGGAAGAGCGUGAAUUUAACAAGGAAAAUGACCGCUACAAAACCUUGCACAGGGACCCAUAUUAUGACCAGUAUGAUGAUGAAUAUUAUGACAAGCUGCCAUCAAAACGAUCUCCUAGUCCUAUUGGAUGGCAGCGUGGUCAAUAUGAAAACUUUGAGGUCCGGUGGACCAGGGAGCCAGAGUGGGUACCACCUCCAGUGUCUCAUUAUCACAGGGAAAGAGAGCAUCAUAAAUUUGUCAGGGAACCUUUUCCAGGCCGGCAUCCAGCAGAAAGAUUUGAGAGGAAGCCGACCUCCCAGAGAAGUAAGCCGUGGGUAGAGGAACCUGCCCCCAGGGAGACGAGGGAUGCCCCCGUACACAGACACACAGCUGAUGUAUGGCACGACCCUUGGAGAAGGUCAAAGUCACCAAAGAAGAAACCAAGAGGUUCAAGAAGUAGGUCAAGGGGAAGACGGCGAUCUAGAAGAUCUUAUAGUUACUCAUCUUCAUUUUCAUCAGGGUCAUUCUCGGGUUCAUCACGUUCAAGGUCAAGAUCAUCAUCCUAUAGUUCAUACAGUAGUCGUUCUGGUAGUCGUACCUCAUCUAGUUCAAGAUCUCCAACCAGGUCACCAAUGAAACGUAUGGGAGGUCCACAUGGCAGACAUCCUCCAGGAAGACAAGAUGGAGGAAAACCAAGAAGUGCUAUUUCUGGUCAGCAAAGACAGCCUGGACCAAUCAGAAGACAGCCAAGUCAGAAUCAAGGUGGUCCACCCGGCAAAGUACCACCUGGUGGUCCCCUAUUGGGAAGACAACGCUCUCAACCAGGAAUACCUGGGGCCCCCCAGCAAGAUCUCAAUCGUGGUAGGGUCCCUAAGAAUAAACCAGAGCCACCCUCUCUUCAACAGCCCCCACAGCGGCUGGGCCAGGGACCACCUCAGAGAGCUGGACGUCAGUCUCGAGGUCACAGAAGCAGCAGUGGAUCUAAGUCGAGGAGCAGGUCCUCCUCGUCAGGGUCCUCGCGGUCCUCCAGUGCCAGCAGUGUGUCCUCAGCCAGCAGUCACUCCUCUAGUAGCUCCUCAGGAAGUGCAGACUCAGAGCACCUGUACCGAGGAGUGGGCGGGGCCAAAGAGGGAUCACCUGUCUCUCCCAAGAAGAAGAAAGCAAAAACAGGAAAAGGCCCUCAGCCUGGUAAGCCAGAGAGGAAACCUGCAGCAACUGUUGGCAGUAGGUCCUCCCGAGGAAGUCGCAAUGAACCGAGUCAAGCUCCAGUGACAUCCAAGCCUAAAGAUCCACUGAAGGUGGUGGGAUCAAAACAGAACAUCAAGUUAACUCUUCUGAAUAAGCCAAUGGAGAAGGAUAAACCUGGUGGCAUGGUGUCCAAGAAGAGGCCCUCGGUAGAUGUUGAUGCUCCUCCUGCCAAGAGACCAGCCCUGUCUGCACCAGUACCCUCAAAACCAGAUAAAAAAGCAAAGAAACCAGAAAAACCAGCUGUUGCAGCUCCUCUUUCUCCUACAAAGGUUGCUGCCAAACCAACGCUUCCUACAAAGAAUCCCCCCAAAGGACCCCAGGCUGCCGCUAGUGCCCCCAAAGAGAAGAAGAGCACAUCCUCUCGCAGGGAGGAGCUCCUCAAGCAACUGAAGGCCGUGGAGGAUGCCAUCGCUCGCAAGAGGUCAAAGUUGAAUUGAUGAAGGGGGACAUAGGAUAUUUAAUCUCGGAACUUGUCAUGGCAUUCUUUUAAAGGAAUGUUUCAUAGAUAUUCACUAAGCUAGAAAUAUUUCUGUCAUUCACACGGCCCUGUCACUUAUAUAUCAGGUUUUAAGGAUGCUUUUAUGAAUGAUGAAAAUUGAAAGAGAGAAAGAGCAUGUUUUUCCCUCAUGCCUGCGGAUCCUCAUUUUAUGAAAGGAAAAUAUGAAUACCAAAUUGUUUCUGAUUGCACUGAUGUGCAAAGAUUGAAAUAGGUGAAUGUGAUCUUAAUAUCAUUUUAUAUGGCACAUAAAUACUAUUUGCUAUAAGAUAUAUUUGUAUAUGUAUAUAUUGUAAAUAUCAUAUUGUAAUUUUAUAGACAAUAGCAUGGCAGUUUAAUGAGUGUCUGUGUCUUGUAAAACAAGUGCUUGUGAAGGAUUUUAAUUCAUUUAUUAUUACAAUUCUUUUCUUUGUUCUCACAAAUAAGUCUACAGUGUAUACUGGUAUUUCACUGUCCAUGCAAUUUAUUUAGAUCAGUAAAUAUAGUUUGUAAUGACUUUGAUUUCAUUAUAUUUUCAAAAUUGUUUUCAAAAUGUCUCUUAAGGUCAGACGACACAUUCCUCAAAAAUAUAUAAUUUUUCCUAAGAAUUUGUCAUUGAAGCCUAGGUACUUAAAGAAGUUUCCUCUCAAAAAAUUAGGGUACCUUACCAGGCAUUCGGACAAUAUACCACAGGGUCGUAUUUCUUAUAUAUUUCUUAUGGGUUGUCUUCUGAAGGCCUGUAUCACAAUGUUUGGUGUACUUUUUGCAAACAAUGUAGAUAUCAGAGAAGAAUGACAAAUAUUAAUAUUUUUUAUAUAAUACUAAGAGAUACAAAACAUAUAUUUGAGGAAUGUGUCGUCUGACUUUAAUAGUGUUUUGUGUAAACUGAUUAUUUUUCUAUGAUUGACUGGAUUUUUUUUUUAAAGUAAGGAAACUUUGUGGCACUAUAAUGGGUUUAACUUUCCUAAAUAGAAGUCAAUAUGAUAUUUGAUUACUAGGUGAAUAUUCAAAUGAAGGCAAUGAACCUCAAUUUGUACACAUUUACUUUUAUUACUAUACACUCAUUGGGAUAACAUAUUUUGCUUUGUACAAAUUUGGACUUGUAUAUUAGCGAAACGGAAGUUUUAAAUAUGUACAUUUUUAUCAACUUGCAUGAAGCAAGUACUAUAAUUUCCUGCUGUUUGUCUAGCUCUUCGAUAUUCCACAUCUGUUGAUGUCGAGAGAUGAAUUCUGAUAACCUGCCUAUAUUUUACUAGGAUUUCAAAAUAAAAUCAAUGAUUUAAACAUG